AGUAGUAAUCCUACUACUGGAUAAAGAAUUCAACUGCCCCUACUUCUCCUUAUCCCGGACCAAACCACUCGGGCCUGCAUGGACACAUACAUAUUCCAUGCACACCCACACACACACACAGGCACGCACACAUGCUAGCACGCGCACCAUUAUGGACAUGCAUACGUCCCAAUUAGUGCUCAUGAAGAAUGGUGGCGUUGGAAGGGAUUCUGGGCCAUCAGCAGGCUCGGCCCCUCUGAGAGCCUUCUAGCCAAGAGGGGCGGAGGCUGGAAGAAGCGACACGGGUGUAUUUAUAGAAGAAACGAGGUCUCACUACACCUUCUUUGGGAGCGAGAGAGAAAGAGAGAGCGAGGGAGAGAGAAUGAUUAAGAAAAAUAAUUCGGCGCACGUCCCAGUUUUUCAACGUGGUGGUGGUGGUGGGGCUGUGCUUUUUUUCCCUCUUUUUUUUUUUACACGUGCACGAAACCCGGAGCUGGUCUCAGGGAUGAGAAGUGCUCAGCGGUUGUGACUGGACCCACGCAUGCUCGCAGUCAUGACUGUUCACCCGGCAUUUUGUGCACAGUCACCCCAUGCUGGGGAGGAUGCGGCGACCACGCGGCUUCCGCUCCCGUUUUGGCUGAGCGCACGCGGCGAGGCCGAGCUUUGAUCCUCACUCCCUCCUGUUGACCGAAGGGCCUUUAUUUUUGUGUCCCAGAGUCUGGAAAGAGGGCGUCCUCCCUAUCUUCAACUUUUUUUUCUACUCUGGUCGAGAGUGUGGAUGGUAUCGCAGAAAUUUACUAUUGAUUGGUGCUAUCAUUUUUAACCAUUCAAGAUGAAGAAGUUCUUGCAGAACCAAAAGGGGAGAUACUCCUUCCGCCAGGGCAAGCGGGGGUCGACGUAUCCUCCGAAAGAUUUUUUCCUCAACAUGCCGUCGUCCAAUCAGGGCUGGCCGGAGGAUUUCGGCUUCAAGAUGGGUGGGACCGGCCCCACCUACAUCCUGUCUGUGGAGGAGGGCAGCAGUGCCCACCUGGCCGGCCUGCAGCCCGGGGACCAGGUGCUGGAGAUUGAGGGCCAGAACGUGUCCACGCUGGGGGCUCAGGCCGUGGCCGCCAUCGCCCAGACCCAGAAGAACAUCCCGCCCAGCAUCGGAGUGGUGUCGCGCAUCCAGCAGAUGGACAUCAUCCCAGGCCCGGACGGUCGCUUCGGCUUCACCAUCGUAGGAGACUGCCCCCUGCUGGUGGACGACUGCUCCCCGUGCUCCCCGGCGGGCCGCAGCGGCCUGCGGGCCGGGGACUACGUCAUGGAGGUCAACGGCAUCCCGGUCCGGCAGCACGAGAUGGCGGCCACGCUGAUCAAGUCCUCCCAGGGACGGACCCUGCGGCUGGGGGUGCUGUGUCUGGGCCCCAGGCAGAAACGCAACAGCGGCAUCGAGGUCAGCACGCUGGGCGGUGGGGAGGGCCCCAAGAUGGACCGCAAACACAAGGCCCUGGAGUUCAACCGCAGGAUCGAGCAGAUCCUCGGGGACGAGCCGGAGGUGAAGGAGAGGCUGUUUGGCGUGCUGAAGCAGUACGCGGCGGAGAAGAAGGUGGACUGGCUGGCGUCAGUGCUGCCUGAUGUCCUGACCACGGACGAACAGAGACAGCUCAUCUCCAAUAUCAGGUACAGCUGCACUGCCGCUGUUCUCCUGCCCAGGUUAUUUCGGUACCCUCCACCAAAGUGGGUCGAUACAGACAGAAUACCGCCUGUGACAGGGAGAGGAGGAGAGGGCUCGCUGCGGCUGCCAAAGAGAGAGAUAAGUAGCCUGUCUGAAGCAGACAGAUCCAGAGCGGUUAUUUUGGUUGCCAUGACUCAAUGCGUCUCUGUUUCCUUCUCUAGGACUUUGCGUGUCUACCGGGGGAAGAAGAGCUUUGGUUUCACCCUGCGCGGUCAUGCUCCCGUCAGCAUCGAUUCUGUUAUCCCAGACAGCCCGGCUCAGGAAUGCGGCCUGAAGCCAGGAGAUCGCAUCCUCUUCCUCAACGGGCUGGACAUGAGGAACUGCUCCCAUGAGAAGGUGGUGUCCAUGCUGCAGGGCAGCGGGGCCAUGCCCACCCUAGUGGUGGAGGACGGCCCCGCUGACUACUGCUACUCGGACCACAGCGACCCCGAGGACUCCGGGGGCUCCAUGCUGGCCCCCACUGCCGUGCCACGCUCCAGUUCCCCGGCCCUCAGCUCUCUGCAGUGGGUAGCGGAGAUCCUGCCCCCCAGCAUCAAGGUGCACGGCCGCACCUUCAGCCAGCAGCUGGACCACCUUCUGACGGUCCAGGAGCGCUACGCCGUCUGCAAGGCCCUGGAGACGUUCUUCCAGCACAGGAACGUGGACACCCUGAUCGUCGACGUGUUCCCGGUGCUGGACACCCCGGCCAAGCAGCUCAUCUGGCAGUUCAUCUACCAGCUGCUGACCUACGAGGAGCAGGAGCGCUGCCAGGGCAAGAUCUCACGCUUCCUGGGCUUCAAGAGCGCCGGUCAGCCCACACCGGCGGUGGAGCCUGAGCCUGUGGUGACGGAGCACCACCGUCGGAGCAGCUCGGUGCGUGUGCGCAGCACGUCGUACCGCAGCAGCAUGCAGGAGAGGAGCUCCGACGACUGCAUCAUCGGGACCCACCUGGGGAUGGGGAUUCAUGUCGAAGCGCCCGACAGCCCCGAGGAGAGGGAGUGCGGAGACGGGACCUCGUUCCCAGAGUCCCCCGACAUGAAAAACAUGUCAGGCCUGUACACGGAGCUGGGCAACGUGUACGCCACCAAGAGCGCCUCGCCCCCGCACGCCGCCGCCCCCCCCUCGCCAGCCCCGGAGGGGCGGGGCCAGGCCGAGCCCUACCGAGGGCGCUCGCUCUCCCCCCUCACCCUCCCCCCGCUGACAGGGAGCCACACCAAGUCGGGCCUGUCCCUGUCCUGGAAGGAGCCCCUGCCCACGCCCGUGUACGAGCUGUACCACCAGGGCAGCCAGGAGUCCAACCCCUACGUCAGCCUGGAGAGCCCCCCCGCCUCCCCACACCCCUCCAACGGCAGCAGCGGGGGCCUCAGCCCGCUGGGCCGCCGCAAGAAGCUCUUCACCUUCUCCCGGCCGCCGCGCAGCCGCGACACCGACAAGUUCCUGGACGCGCUGAGCGAGCAGCUGGGCCACCGCGUCACCCUGAUGGACGAGGGCCUGCCCCCCCCCGCCGACAACGACUACGAGGAGAUAUUUCAAGGUGGUUGUCAUGGUUUCAGAAGAAGAGAUGGGCCUAUGAGCUACCAGGAGGAGCAGGAGCCCUGCUUGGCGCCGCGCCAGCUGAGCAGCGACGGCAGCGACGGCCGCAGCAGCAGCGACGACAUCACCUCCUUCUCCUCGGGCUCCGAGCCCAUCCCCCCGCCCCCCUCCCAGAGCCCCCCGCCGCCGCCCUCCUUCGCGUCCCCCAUCCCGCCGCCCUUCCAGUUCACCGACCCGCACCCGACCGUGCGCUUCUCCCCGGAGCACAUCCCCCGCGCCCGCAUGGCCUUCCACCCCCAGCACCCCAUCAUCCCGCCGCCGCCGCCGCCCCCCAGGCUGCUGCUGUCGGGACGGCCCCGGCUCCACCAGGCCCCGCCCCCCAGGGAGGAGGAGGAGGAGGAGCCGCCGCCGCCGGCGGGCAUGACCCACGACCCCCAGCGGUUCCAGGGCACCUUCGCCCGGAUCCCGCGCUCGGGGACCCAGACGCUGGCGGGCCGGCGGUCCCAGCCGUCCACCCGGACCCCCCACCUGCCGCGGCAGAUCAGCACGCCCCAGCCCCUGAGGCAGCCCUCGCCCCAGCCCUCGCCCCAGGUCUUGAGGCCCAGCCACCUGGUGCUGCAGCGGCACCACCAGCUGCACCACCAGCACAGCUACCAGGGCCCGCUGCCGCCCUCGGCCCAGGAGCCCGCCCCCCCCCACACCCAGAGCCACUCUCUGGGCCGCAGCCCCGCCACCGCCCACACCACCCGCACCACCCUGCUCACACACAAGAGCUACGACGCCCCCCUGAUGGAGCUGCCCCCACAGAGGGUGAGGUCACUCUUAUGGUUGUAUGCUCUAAUAUAUCAAAGUUUUAAUUCACAUGUAGCCCCUCCCCCAGCCCCCCCCCUGCCCCCCUGCGAGCCCCCUCCCCUGCCCAGGGCCAGCCCCACCCCCUCAGAGUCCAACCACAUGAGCGUCAAAAGGCUGCGCUGGGAGCAGGUGGAGAAGUCUGAGGGCACCAUCUGGGGACAGCUUGGAGAGGACUCAGACUACGACAAGCUGAGUGACAUGGUGAAGUACUUGGACCUGGAGCUGCACUUUGGGACUCAGCGCAGAUCCAAGCCCACCUUCCUGCCUGAGAACUUUAAAAAGAAGGACGUGGUGGAGAUCCUGUCCCAUAAGAAGGCCUACAACGCCUCCAUCCUGAUCGCCCACCUGAAACUGUCCCCAGCCGAGCUCCGGCAGGUGCUGAUGACGGUGACCACGGAGCGUCUGGAGCCCGCCCACAUCAAGCAGCUGCUGCUGUACGCGCCCGACGAGGACGAGGUGAAGCGCUACCGGCAGUUCGACCAGGACCCCGCCAAGCUCAGCGAGCCCGACCACUUCAUCUUCCAGAUGUUGAUGGUGCCAGAGUACAAGACGCGCCUGCGGAGCCUCCACUUUAAGACCACCCUAGCGGAGAAGACUGAGGAGAUCAAGGUGGCCUAUGAGUACAUCUACAAGGCCUCCACUGAGCUGAGGACCAGCAGGAAACUGGCCAAGAUCCUGGAGUUUGUGCUGGCGAUGGGGAACUACCUGAACAAUGGCCAGCCCAAGAACAGCCGUACCACGGGCUUCAAGAUCAUCUUCCUCACAGAGCUGAGUACGACCAAGACGGUGGACGGUAAAUCGACAUUUCUUCACAUCCUGGCCAAAUCUCUCUGCGAACACUUUCCAGAACUGCUCAACUUUGACAGAGAUCUCACAACAGUGCCUCUGGCAGCCAAAGUCAAUCAGAGGGCGGUCACAUCGGAGCUGGUUGACCUCCACUCCACCAUACAGGACAUACGGACCGCCUGCGCAAAGAUCCCUGCCACCUCCGAGGACCACUUCGCCUCUGUCAUGAGCAGCUUCCUGGAGAACAGCCAUCCUGCAGUGCAGUCCCUGGACGCGCUGCAGCACCGCGCCAUGGAGGAGUUCUCCAAGGUGGCCUCCUACUUCGGGGAGGAGAGCAAGGCGACCAGCACUGAGGUCUUCUUCGGCAUCUUCACCGAGUUCAUGUCCAAGUUUGAGCGAGCCCUGGGCGAGACCAAGGCGUCCGAGAACCCCCGCAGCCCCCGGCUGGUCUCCCCUCUGGCGUGGUAGGAACCCCCCCCCCUGAUCCCCCCCGACGGCCUCAUGGCUCCUAGCGCCCCGCCAUGUCGACGGCGACGCCCGUAAAAUCCCCCCUCUCACUUUGCUCUCUUCAACCAAAGUGCCAAGAUGACCCCCGGAUCACACCCCCACACGACCUCCACUGCCAGGGCUCAGACACCCCCACACCGCUCGCUAGAACUCCUAAGCCGCCCUGUUUAGAGAGAAGGGAAGUUUCAGGUCAAAGGUCAAAAGAGGGUCCAUUUAGGAGGAAACCGAGGGGCCAGUUCUACAUUGAUGCGCAUCACUGUGUAGAGAGUCUGGGGCCAGGGCACCUGGGUGCUGACUGCACUGCUCUCAACACACCGUCUGGGUGGCUGUUGGGAAGGAGUGACAGAGACAUAGGUCAUAGCAACGAGUGGUCUAAAUAAACAAUUAGUACUUUGUUUUAUGUUUGAUUAUACAGUUAAAAAAAAGAAAAAAAAAAGAAAUAUAUAUUUUCUAUCUGAACAGGUUCAAGAGUUGUAUAGAUUAAAAGGUUGAUAUAUAACAUAGAUAUAUGAUACAUGCCAGUUGAUUGUACUUAUGCAGAUAGCAACAGGCUAUGCCAGGGUUUGGCAGAUUACAGUUAAAUACAGUUAUGCUCUCUCUUCCAGACCCCUAUAGAGGACUAUUUGAUUAUAUUGGUUGUAGAAAACAUUAUGUAGGCCUACAACAAUAUGCAAAAAUCUCUACAAAAUUAAAGUACACUGAUAUUUAAGGGGGUUUUAAAAAAUGCGAUAUCAGUGCAGGGUUAUCGUCAACAUGAAUGCCGUCCGUUGUUUGAAACAAACAAGUUCCAGAAGUUUGCUUAGUUCAAUGUUGCCGGCUUGUUACAAUAGACGUACCGUUAGUUAAACGGCGACUGUAAAUAGAUAUUUUCUGACGACUCCAUUUUCACAGAUUGAAUGACUCACAUACGAUGUAGCGAUGUUGCUAUGGUGUUUUUCUAAUGUUGGCGUUAUUGACGUUGAAUGUUCAUACAGUUUGCUAUGCAUUCUCUGUCUCUUUUUUGAUGAUAUGCUCUAUUUAUGCUGAGACUCCCGUGAGCACACACUUGAAGCGUUUGGUUAUUGCACAGCUUGAAUCAGGCUUUAGAGGUACCUGUGACCGUGUGUUCGAGUGUACGCUGGCUGCAGGACAGUGCACUACAGUGUUUCGUUGGUUUAUUUUUUUCAAAGUCAUUUGCAUGUCGUGGAAGUCAGUGUUGUAAUUUAUGUUAACAAAAAAAAUGCACAUCUGCUCUUGUUUAGUUUAAUUUUAUAGUUGUUUUAAAAUAAAAAAGAAAGUCUGUUUAAUGUUUA